AUGCAGAUAUGCCCGCUACAGUUAGUUGAAGAAGAGACCGGCGCUGCCAAGUACAUGGGUUUGUCGUCUCCGGCCAUGACGACGACGACCGUCGGCGCAAGAUCGGCCUCGGUUGUGGUAGGUUUGAUAGUCACAGGCUUGUCUUCAGCUUCAAUUGGCGAGUUGGAAGAUUGUUUCCGGCGUGAACAAACCAGAAUAAUUAAUGAUAUGGUGAUGAGUCCUAACAUCAAACCUAAGCUGAUAAAGAGGUAA